UACAAAUUUUGGGUCUGUGAAUCAGCGCUGGGCUUCACCAUGAUUGGCUGACGGUUCGCCCGGAAAUGAAGCCCCACACUCACACUCGUCCCGACUUCACCUCCACGCCGCCAUGCCCCACUCUUCACUGCCGCCGCCGCCGCCAAUUCUCCCGGACGAAAAGUCCUGUUCUGCCGCGGAUUACGUCUUCAAAGCACAUUCCCCUCACUGUCUCCGUUUCUCAGCCUCCGGCUCCGGCCGCCGGAAGGCGUGAUUUCCUAAUCACGCCUUUUCUGGCCGCCGGCGCCUGUUUUCUGGCGUCGGCGGCUGCGAGAGCGGAGGAGAGGGAGCUGGAGCCAGCGCCGCCAGUGACGGGGGUGCCUGCGGCAGCGAAGGUUGAGGGGAAGGGCGAUGCGAUAAAGUCGAGAGUCUACGACGCGACUGUGAUCGGAGAGCCGAUGGCGGUGGGGAAGGACAAGGACAAGGUUUGGGAGAAGAUGAUGAACGCUCGGGUGGUGUAUUUAGGCGAAGCGGAACAGGUUCCGAUUCGCGACGAUAAGGAACUGGAGCUUGAGAUUGUGAGGACUUUGAGGCAGAGGUGUUUGGAGGCGGAACGCCCACUUUCCUUGGCUUUGGAAGCGUUUCCUUGUAAUCUACAGGAACAACUCGACCAAUAUAUGAAUAGAAGGAUUGAUGGCGAAACUCUAAAAUCGUUUGCAUCACAUUGGCCAACUCAGCGAUGGCAGGAGUAUGAACCACUUUUAAGUUAUUGUCGUGAUAAUGGAGUCAGGCUUGUUGCUUGUGGUGUUCCACUUAAGGUCUUAAGGACUGUUCAAUCUGAAGGUAUCCGCAGGCUCUCCAAAGCUGACCGUCAAAUUUAUGUUCCCCCCGCUGGUUCAGGAUUCAUAUCGGGCUUUACACGCAGAUCAUCAGUUGAUGUUAACUUCACUAACCAAUCUGCUCCCUUUGGGCCAAGUUCAUAUCUGUCUGCACAAGCAAGAGUAGUGGAGGAAUAUACAAUGUCCCAGAUAAUUUUACAAGCAAUGGCAGAUAAAGGAGCAGUUGGCAGCAUGCUAGUAGUGGUUACUGGUGCGAGUCAUGUUGCAUAUGGAUCAAGAGGAAUUGGCCUGCCAGCAAGAAUCUCACGCAAGAUACCAAAGAAAAAUCAAGUUGUUGUCUUACUAGACCCUGAAAGGCAAUACAUAAGAAGGGAGGGGGAUGUUCCUAUUGCUGAUUUCUUAUGGUAUUCUGCAGCCAGACCCUGCAGUCGAAAUUGCUUUGAUCGUGCUGAAAUUGCCCGAGUGAUGAAUGCCGCUGGUAGGAAGCGAGAUGCCUUACCCCAGGACAUUCAGAAAGGACUUGAUCUUGGUGUGGUUUCUCCUGAGGUCCUGCAGAAUUUUUUUGAUCUGGAGCAACAUCCAUUUCUCUCAGAGCUCACCCAUCGGUUCCAGGGAUUUAGGGAGAGACUAUUGGCAGAUCCAAAAUUUUUACAUAGACUAGCCAUAGAAGAAGCCAUAUCGAUUACAACUACCCUUUUAGCACAGUAUGAGAGGCGUAAAGAAAAUUUCUUUGAAGAGCUUGACUAUGUUAUUACAGACACUCUUAGAGGAACCGUUGUUGAUUUUUUCACUGUAUGGCUUCCUGCUCCAACGUUGUCCUUCCUUUCAGUUGCUGAUAUGACAGAUGCAACUGAUGGCGUGGAGGCACUAAAGGGUCUCCUUGGUUCAAUACCUGAUAAUGCAUUUCAAAAGAAUAUUGUUGGGAAGGACUGGAAUGUGAGUCAUAGAGUUGCAUCAGUGCUUGUUGGAGGUUUGAAGCUUGCCAAUGUUGGAUUUAUUUCCAGUAUCGGAGCUGUGGCUGCCUCAAAUAUUUUAUAUACAAUUCGCAAGUUACUGAAUCCAGCAGUAGUUACCAAUCAAAGGAAUAAAAGGUCACCAAUACUUAGAACAGCAGUUGCUUAUGGAUUCUUUUUGGGUAUUUCAGCAAAUCUCCGUUAUCAGGUUAUAGCUGGAAUAGUAGAGCACAGAAUUUCAGACCAAUUUGCGUCAGAAGCAUUUCUUGUUAAUAUGUUAUCUUUUCUUGUUCGGACCGUCAACUCCUAUUGGGGAACCCAGCAAUGGGUUGAUUUCGCGCGGCUCACAGGGAUACAAGCUAAGGCGCGUGAACCACCACCCUCGUACCAAAUUCCCAAUCCUCCAAAUCCUGCAUUAGAUUGCAACGCCACAGAAGAGCCCAGCAUCGAUGAAAUCAAGAAUCAGUGAGGUGAUAUUUCAGCUCGAAUCUGCAUUAGAUUGCCAGUAUAACUGUUACACAGCAGCAUCCUUGAUUUAUAUUCUCUGGUAUUCUUUCAUGGUGUCGAAUUGUACAGCUCUUGAAAUCAUGUUUUAGCCAAGCAUACAGGAACGAAUUAAAGAGAUUAUAUAUUGGGGCUUUAGGAUGGGAACACUGAUUGAAAUGUUUUGUAUUCUUAAAACACAUUUAUUCUUAUAGGGACAAUGUUGAGACUAUACUUCUUUCUAUUCCAGGGGGAUCUUAAUUGCCAAAAAUUAGCUGUUUUGUCUAUAAAA